UGGACAAGGGGAUUCGGGCCCAAGUUAUUUGGGAUGCAGUAGUCAUCGCUUGUUAUCGUUCGGACAGUACGAUAUUGGCAGGCAGCCCACCCCUCCAUGCUCGGUUCGGGAGCUCUGUACGCCUGGCCCUGAUAACAUUCAGUCAUGGGACUGCUUCGCUUCGUGUCGUUACUCCUCUUCAUCGGGAUCGCCGUCGACUGUUCUCAAGAAGACGUCUUCCUCAAGAACAUCUUCAACAGAUAUGGAGGUACUAAAGGAAUCACGUUUGAGGGUCUUGAACAUCUUAUGGAAAAUCUGGGACUAGGAGGUCUCAAGUUCGAAAAAUCGCACAACGAAUCCUUGCAUAAGACACCAGAUGGAGAAUUCAAGGAACUUCACGACUCAGAAAGUCUACAUAAGCACAAUCACACGAGGCAAAGAAGAGCGUUCAAACCAGAAGAGACAUGCCUGACUCCUCAAGAUCUACUCGUCUACUACGGACUUCAAGCUGGUCAUGGCGUCCUGAUAUCGAAGGACAACUUCGUGGUCAUGUGUCCCGCCAUAAUCCACCAGUUGGAUCGAAGGCUCUGCAGUCCGAGGGCCAUCUUCAACCAAGCUCCCGAUCUUGGGUUCCUAGGUACUUGUUUACACAAGGUUUCCAAAACACAUUGUCCCAUCAACUCGUCGACUACCCACAUCGCUUGGAUCUACGCUAUCAUCAGCGUCUUAGUGAUGUCUGUGGUAGGUCUCUUGGGUGUGCUGCUCGUACCGAUACUCGAUAAGGCGUUCUUCAGUAAGCUAUUGAGUCUACUUGGAGCUCUUGCGGUAGGCACCCUAUCAGGGGAUGCACUAUUGCAUCUACUACCUCAUGCAUUGCAAGCGCAUCCUGGUGGAGAGGUAGUCAUUACAAGAGCAGGAUCUACUUUUUUAACUCUCCUCUUAUUUUUUGCGAUAGAAGCUGCGUUUCACGCCAAGGGAAACCGAAAGCGGAUAAAGAAAAUUGAAGAGAUCGAAAACACAAGUUACAUGAUGGUACCUGUAAAAAAUGAAGGCCAUUCACAUAGUGAUCAGAAAGGAACAAGUGUAAUAUGGAUGAUAAUUACUGGAGAUGGGCUCCACAACUUAACCGACGGUUUAGCUAUGGGAGCAGCAUUCAGGCAGGAUGUGAUGACCGGAUUAGCUACAGCGUUGGCAGUCUUCAGCCAUGAGCUACCCCAUGAAUUAGGUGAUUUCGCUCUCUUGCUACAGAAUGGUAUGGACCUAAAAACUGCUGUGAUUUAUAACCUUGCAUCAUCUGUACUGAGUUUAAUAGGAGUCAUUUUGGGGUUGCUAUUAGCAGAUUAUUCAGAAGCUGCGCUUUGGAUAUAUGCAGCUACUGCAGGGUCGUUUUUAUAUAUCUCUCUAGCUACUUUAAUUCCUGAAAUGCAGAAACAAGUCACAAGUUUAUCACACCUCUGCAUACAAUUAAUUGGAAUGUUUCUCGGAGGUGGUCUGAUGUUUGUCAUCGCCAUUUAUGAACACUCGUUUCACGAAUUUUUAAAAGAAUUAGACUAGCAUAUAGAAAUUAUUUAUUAGCCAAAUAAAUUAUUUUGUAAUGCUAACAAAAGUUGCAACACAUUUCAAAGACUGAUGAUAGUUAAGAAGAAGAUUUGUUUUUACUCUAUAACAAUAGUUAUUUUUUUUAAUAAGUAUUAAAUAUUGAAGUAUUCACUUUCAUUAUUUAGUGAAAGUGAUUAAAAUGUUAAUGUAUUUUAUUAAUAUUUUUUAAGGGACCACAAGUAAAUAAUAGACUAAUAGAUAAAAUUAGGUAGAUUAUAAAAGUUAAAUUUGUAUAUAAAUUAAUUAGUUGAUAGAAAAAUUUGUAAAUAUUUUAAGACCAAAUAUUAAUAUGAUGUGCCUAGGAAUCGGUAUGUUCCAUUGGAAAUAUAGAAAUUUCAAUAUUAUACAGAAACAAAAUAACUGAAAACUAUUACUAGAAAGUAAUCAAUUGUUUGUUUUAUUAUUUUUUAUUUUAUUUUAUUUUUUUUUGAGAGUGAGAGAGAGAAAGAAAGAGAGAGAGAGAGAGAGCUUAUAGUAAAGUUUCACUGUGAUAGUAUUCAAAUUUAUAAAUGUUACCAUUUCUAUAUUAUGUAUUUGUACAAACAAACUGUUGAGAAUAUAAUAUAGCAUAUGUUCCAACAACACAUUUGACUUUAAAAUGUAAGUAAAAUGAUUAAUGUAAACAGCACGAAUUAUGUGAUAUAGUAGUAUUAUUUUAAAUGACAUAUUCAAAAGUGGUUUAGCCACUAUAUUUUUUAAAAUAUGGGUUAAUGUUUCGUUUUUGUGGAGUUUUUAUUAAAAUAACAUAUUAUAUAUACUAUAUUAUAUAUUAGUAUAUUAUUUAUAAAACCAUUUCCUUGAACAGGAGAGUUUUUACAAUACACCUAAUUAAAAUUUUUAGAUUAUCCAGUUAUAAAAUCAUUUUUGAAACAAAUUCCUUUUACAUAUGAUUUCAGCUAUUAAUAUGUGUAUCAACAGAAUGGCCUAAAGUUGUUUGAUGUAAUUUACAUUUUAAAAAUGUAGAGUGUGAUUUUAAAAUUUUAAUUAUUGAUUAAAUAAAUAUUUAAUAAAGUUUUAAAACCAAGUGGUCCAU